CGCAUGCUGCCUGCCCCAAUGACAGGCCGUGUCAAAUUUCCACGUAAGCGUUCUUUCGUUUCCGGCAUCGACGAGUGCUAGCGGACACAUUUCGGUUAAUUAAAAGAAUUGCUCUUUUAAUUAAACAUCCUCCAAGAUGGUUAAGGCCAAGCGUGAGAAGAAGCCAAAGUCGGCGAUCAAUGAAGUGGUGACACGGGAGUGCACCAUCAACCUGAACCGACGCCUGCACAAGGUCGGCUACAAGAAGCGCUCCCCGCGAGCGAUCAAGAUCGUGCGCAAGUUUGCCGAGAAGGAGAUGGGAACCACGGACGUUCGCAUCGACACCCGCCUGAACAAGGCUAUCUGGCACCGCGGAAUCAGGAAUCCACCUUUCCGCAUACGCGUGCGCCUUUCCCGCCGCCGUAACGACGAUGAGGACUCGCCCAACAAGCUGUACACGCUGGUCACGUACGUUCCGGUGCCCACGUUCAAGGAGCUGCAGACCGAGAACGUCGAAUCGACGGAAGAUUAAGCAGCAGGAGCCUGAGUCUGUAGGUGCGUGGAAUCGACGGAGCUUUGUAAAUAAUCGAAGGCUCGGUUGGCUUCCACGGGUUUUUUUGGACAGUUCGUCGGACGUGUGCGAAUAAAGAAGUGAGCGAAGAAGAGGAAAACAACAGCUAAUCCCACUCUAAAAAAA